AUGAUGCGUCGUGCUCUCCUCCAGAUCCCCCGCUCCGCCAAUCGAGCUCUAACAUCCACUACCCGGCCAAUUCUAGCAUCACCCAGCAUCUCCCGACCAGCUCCUCUCGUCACCGCGAAGCGUGCCUACCACGAAAAAGUCCUCGACCACUACUCGAACCCCCGAAAUGUUGGCUCGAUGGCCAAGAACGACACGGAUGUCGGGACCGGACUGGUCGGCGCCCCGGCCUGUGGCGAUGUCAUGAAACUGCAGAUCCGGGUCGAUGGGAAGACGAACACAAUCUCCGAUGUCAAGUUCAAGACGUUUGGCUGCGGGUCCGCGAUUGCGAGUAGUAGUUAUUUGACGGAGUUGGUUAGGGGGAUGACAUUGGAGCAGGCAGGGAAGGUCAGGAAUACAGAGAUUGCGAAGGAGUUGUGUUUGCCGCCUGUUAAGUUGCAUUGCUCGAUGUUGGCUGAAGAUGCUAUCAAGUCAGCCAUUUCGAAUUACUACACCAAGAAUCCUAAGGCUAGGGCUACAGAUCUCGGUGGCACUGGAGCAUCUAUGCCAAAGAUUGAGGUUGAGCAGGUCGCACAAGAGACUGCUAUGGCUUGA